UGUAACAGUCGUGCGCGAGUCCAGAACACCACACACUUUAGCGCGCUCCUAACCCGAGACAACACGGACCCACUGAAACGCGGAGAAAAGAGAGGAGAAGAAGAAGAACAAGAAAGAGGGAGAGAAAUAAACUGUGCUUUUAUUCACCGAGUCUUCUUCGUGAAGCUCCCCUUUCUGCCAGCUGCGCCACCCUGCUGUUGAGGCUGUGGUAUGAGCCUAUGUGGCAGGAAGGCGCUGACGUUGCUAAGCAGCGUGUUCGCCGUUUGCGGCCUGGGCCUGUUGGGGAUCGCCGUGAGCACCGACUACUGGCUCUACCUGGAGGAAGGCGUUAUUCUUCCUCUCAAUCAGAGCACGGAGAUACGCAUGUCCCUCCACUCUGGUCUCUGGAGGGUUUGCUUCUUGGUCGGGGAGGAGAAAGGACGGUGUUUCACCAUCGAGUAUGUGAUGCCCACUCAUGUCCAGAUGACGUCUGAGUCCACUGUUAGCGUUCUCAAAAUGAUCCGUUCUGCCACGCCUUUCCCUCUGGUCAGCCUCUUCUUCAUGUUCAUUGGUUUUGUGCUCAGUAACAUUGGCCACAUCCGACCACAUCGCACCAUCCUGGCCUUUGUUUCCGGAAUCUUCUUUAUCCUGUCAGGUCUGUCUCUGGUCGUUGGUCUGGUCUUGUACAUCUCAAACAUCAAUGACGAAAUGUUGAACAGGACCAAAACGAACGAGGCCUACUUCAGCUACAAGUACGGCUGGUCGUUCGCCUUUGCUGCCAUCUCCUUCCUGCUCACUGAGACAGCGGGCGUCAUGUCCGUGUAUCUGUUCAUGAAGCGUUACACUGCAGAGGAAAUGUACCGGCCUCGCCUCAGCAACUGCUCUGAUUACUCCGGCCAGUUCCUCCACCCUGACGCUUGGGCUGGUAGAGGCCGCAGUCCCUCCUCCAUCUCUUCCGAGGCCUCGCUCCAGAUGAACUCCUCCAACUACCCUGCCCUCCUCAAGUGUCCAGAAACACGGGGACUAAGCCGUAAAAUCUCCGUGGUGUGAAGGGAAACUUGCUGACGAUGGUUUUUCCUCAGUUAGAUAAGUAAGUUGGUCAAACUGUGCAGACUUCUGAUUUAUGAGGGUUUGAAUUUAAUUGCUGAAGCCCCAGUUGUUGGAGUGUAAACAUGUCGGUUUAGAGCAGAGUCAUACUUUCCGAGUAACAUCCUCAGCCACAGUAUGUUCACUAUUUUAAUGAAGCACACUGCAUUUUGUGCAGAAUUUGUGCGUAUUGUUGGAAUAUACUCGGACAUGUUUGUGCCAAGUAAGGAGCUAGACGACAACAACUGGCAUCGUUACGAUGUACUGAUACACAUGAUUAUUGUGAAUUAAAUCAACCAUUCAAAUAGAUCACUUAAUUUAAACUACUUAUAUUGUAUAUAUAAAUAUAUAUAUAUGUAUAUACUGUAUAUCACAUCAGUUUGGGAUUACAUGAUUGGAGAAUUAGGUUUAUAACAGAUGAUAUUUGAUCUCCUUUGUAGUAUUUGUUCUUGUUCAUCUUAAGUGACAACAUAAAUGUUUGUAUUAUAGGCUGCUCUUCUAGAGACAUGUAUAUGAAAUGCAUUUUGUUUAAACAUAAUAUAAAUCUGAACUUUUUUUUUGUUGCUUCCAGCCAUGCAUAUGAAUAGAGGAUUGUUAAACAACAGUGCAGGUGUAAAUAAUGCUUUUAUGUUUUCAGGUGAACGCAUGAUUCCUCUACCCACUGGUCGUCUCAGCUGAUGAACUAAUCAACAAACACAGAAAAAAGUGUGUUAAGCCUAAAGUAAAAAAAAAAGAAAAAAAAAGAAAUCAAGCAGCAAAGAGACAAUUAUACUUGACUGCAUUUAUCACAUCCCAGUAUUACAAUGCUAUACGUUUAAAUAAGGUAAAAAGGCCAAAGGGUAGACGCUGGAGAAGAUUGUAUUUUGAGGGGGAAUGUGAACGAGUCAGGUGUCACGGAAGACUAUUUUGAUACAAAGCCGUUGAAUGUUGGGUAUACUGAUGGAAACACUGCUAAAUAAGAAUAAAUACCUCUCCUAUAAAGAUAUAAGAUCCCAAACUAUACAUAGAUAUUUUUCUAAUUUAGUCUAAAUCUGCUAUGAUGCUACGUGUGCCAAUGAAACAUGUUUUAUCCAGGUUAAGGGGCAAAGUACUGAAUAUCUAGUGACAUUACUGUAUGUGUGAGUAAAACAUUAUUACAGGGAAGAAUUUUGUCUUGUGCAAUAACUUUAUGAUGACUUGAUAUAUUAUAUUUACUGUCAGUAUUUAAUGUUGCAUGAUGUGAACUAGACAUAUUAUUAAUGGCAUGCAACAUUUCAUCACUGGAUCGUGGUUUUCCACAAAGCAAAACAUGGUUCAAGAACUAAAAUGAAACCACGCGUGUCACUAUUCUCACACAGUCCAUUUCAAACACUGUAAAUACAAACGUCCAACGUAUAUACACACACGUUUUCUUUUGUAUAGAUGGCAGUCCAUGUAAAAUACGGUUGUUGUGUUGUUGAGUAGGCUCCUCUGCAGUUUUACUGUACAUGUGACGGCUGCGUCGCCUCACGCAUCACGUCUGAGAAUGUGAUCUUUUUGGAGUAAUGACACGCCUACAUCGAUGUACACGUGUUCAGGUGGUGUCACUGCCAUAGAUGUGUAUUUUUUACAAUCAGUCAUUUUCAUGAUGUUCAGUGUGCAGCGGGAUGAGUCAACGCAAAAAAAAUAAAGUUUGAUGGGAUUUGAUAAACA